GUAAAUAUCCCAUCCGACGGCUUUAAUCGCUGCCCUGCAAACUCCCGAUUGCAGUUCAUGCCGAGCAAGACAAAUCCCUCUCCCAGUCGACACACACCAAACCGCUGGCAUCGAAUCGGAUCCGCGGGUGGCUGUAGGCAUCCCGGCAUUCCUCGCCCACCCACUCCACUCGCGAGCCCAGAGAUUUCCUCUCCCCUGCCCACUCCGCUUUGCUGCGGCUGGCGACGUCGGGAACAUCGGUCUCCUCCGAUUCGAUCCCGACCGGUGGUCUCCCCAGCGGCUAGCCAUGGCGGAGCCGUUCAGCUCAUCCCAAGACGCGUCCAAUCCCCCUGCUCCGGAGCAGAGAGUACUGGUGACGAACAAGCACGGGGAGAAUCUCGUGGGCCUGCUGCACCACACGGGUUCGAACAAAGUUGUAGUGCUCUGCCAUGGCUUUACGGCUUCCAAGGACGAUGGAAUCAUUGUUGAUCUUGCAGCUGCAAUAACAAAGCAAGGGAUUAGUGUGUUUCGCUUUGAUUUCAGUGGAAAUGGGGAAAGCGAAGGUGAAUUCCAGUACGGUAACUACAGGAAGGAGGCUGAUGACCUGCAUUCUGUUGUUUCAUAUCUUUUCCAGGAGAAUUUUGAUGUAGCAGCUAUUGUUGGUCACAGCAAAGGUGGAGAUGUGGUGGUUCUGUAUGCCUCUAUCUACAAUGAUGUCCCCAUGGUGGUUAACCUUUCUGGUCGAUUUAAUUUGGAGAAAGGCGUUGAAGAGCGCUUAGGCAAAGAAUUUAUGGAUAGAAUAAACAAAGAAGGCUACAUUGAUGUCACAAACAAAUCAGGAAAGUUUUUGUACAGAGUAACCAAAGAGAGCUUGAUGGAACGUCUGAACACUGAUAUGCAUGCAGCAAGCCUUUCCAUCAGCAAAGAAUGCAGGUUCUUUACAAUUCAUGGUUCAGCUGAUGAGAUCAUACCGGUAGAAGAUGCAUAUGAGUUUGCGAAGCUUAUACCGAACCACAAGCUGCGUGUCAUUGAGGGAGCAAAUCACUGCUACACUGCUCAUCGUAAAGAACUUUCUGAUGCCAUAGUAGAAUGCAUCACAUCCAACGAGGCAGGGGAUAUCCCACGCUAGAGCCGCACGUUCCCCACCGCAGCUACUGGCUCCCUCCAAAAAUAUAUUGGCGGAUGAAUUAGUCCUCGUUUUGUCAGUGUGAAGUUUCAUUGCACAGUGUGAAGUUUCAUUGCACAAUUACCUAGACUGAGAACUAGGUAACUCUGCCAGAUGAGUGUCAUAGGGAUAAAACUCCUCCCUCGUCUGAUGAAACUCUCUAUUAAUUAUCUUGCCAAGUUAGCAAUUUUGCUGAUGUGGCAUUAAAUUUAAUGUCAUGAAACUCUCAUAAAACUCCCCAUUAAGAUUGGCCUUAGCAGUCCUUAUACAGAUCAUGUUUCUUGGAUUAUUUA